GCGACGCGCGAAAAAUAAAAAGAAGCGGUGGACUGUUGCAGCCGCAGCCGCCGGACCAGUCGGAGGCAAGGCGAAGGCAGGUAGGAGAUGGAUGCGCGAGGAAGUAGAGCGGCGGCCGGGUCGCGGCUCCUGCAGCUGCGGGUGGCUCUGGUGUCGGUGCUGCUGGUGGCGGCGGCGGCGGUGUCGCGGGCGCAGCUGCAGGUGGGGUUCUACGACACGCUGUGCCCGGCGGCGGAGAUCAUCGUGCAGGAGGAGGUCAGCAAGGCGGUGUCCGGGAACCCCGGCGUCGCCGCCAGCCUCGUCCGCCUCCACUUCCACGACUGCUUCGUCAGGGGCUGCGACGCGUCGGUGCUGCUGGACUCGACGCCGGGAAACACGGCGGAGAAGGACGCGCCCCCGAACACGAGCCUCCGCGGCUUCGAGGUCAUCGACAGCGCCAAGACGCGGCUGGAGCAGGCCUGCUUCGGCGUCGUCUCCUGCGCCGACGUGCUCGCCUUCGCCGCCAGGGACGCCCUAGCGCUGGUCGGAGGCAACGCGUACCAGGUGCCCGCGGGGCGACGGGACGGCAACGUCUCGGUGGCGCAGGAGACCAACGGCAACCUGCCGCCCCCUACGGCGAGCGUGAGCCAGCUGAACCAGAUCUUCGGCAGCAAGGGGCUCACCCAGGCCGACAUGGUCGCCCUCUCCGGCGCGCACACCAUCGGGAACGCGCACUGCAGCUCGUUCGACAGCCGGCUCUACUCGUACGGGCCCAACGCCGCGGGGCAGGACCCCAGCAUGGACCCAACCUACCUGGCGGCGCUGGCGCAGCAGUGCCCGCAGCAGCCGGCGGGCGCCGACGGGACGGUGGCCAUGGACCCCGUCACGCCCACCGCCUUCGACACCAACUACUACGCCUCCAUCGUCGCCAAGCGCGGCCUGCUCGCCUCCGACCAGGCGCUCCUCGCCGACCCCACCACCGCCGCGCAGGUCGUCGGGUACACCAACAGCCCCGACACGUUCCAGACCGACUUCGCCGCCGCCAUGGUCAAGAUGGGCGCCAUCGGCGUGCUCACCGGCACCGCCGGCACCAUCCGGGCCACCUGCCGGGUCGCCAACUGAUCCGUCCUUCCGUCCGUCCAUCGGCGGUGGUGUCUUGAUUGGGUGGGCCGUGUGAUUAAAAUGUAUGUAACGGCGUAGAUUGUUGGUCUGAUGAUGGCGAUGAUUCGAUCGUGCUAGUUGUGUAAGAGUAAGACGUAUAGUGUUGGUCUCCUCCUUUUUUAUUUACAUUUUUUGUCCUUUUCUUUUUUAUACUUUUUAUGGUUUUGAUGAGAUGAGAUAUAUAUAGUUUUAUUUUAUUCUUUUAGCUUGUGUACUUGCAUGUAACCAUGAGGCAGAGGACAGCAAGGAACUGUACAUCUAAGGAUCUCCAA